UCCUCCCCGGGCUCCAGGCUUCUCCUCCCCGGGCUCCAGCSMCUCCUCUCCCCGGGCUCCAGCCGCUGGUUGGCGGCAGCAGGUGUUAGCAUGAUGGCGGUGCUGGGCAGCGCCGGUCGCUUCCUCCACAUUGCCAGGAGCAGCGUCGGUCUGGGUGUGAGGAGACGCUCCACCGCUGCUGCGUUAGCACAGACUGCAACUCCAGAGACACGGGAGAACAGGAAACCGAAGACGGGCAUCCUGAUGCUGAACAUGGGAGGACCCGAGAAACUAGAAGACGUUCACGACUUCCUGCUGCGACUCUUCAUGGACACAGACCUGAUGAAACUCCCUGUGCAGAAUAAACUCGGCCCGUUCAUCGCCAAGCGUCGCACGCCAAAGAUCCAGGAGCAGUACAGUAAGAUCGGAGGAGGCUCGCCCAUCAAACGCUGGACCUCCAUGCAGGGGGAGGGGAUGGUGAAGCUGCUGGACGAGAUGAGUCCAGAGACGGCUCCUCACAAGUUCUACAUCGGUUUCCGGUACGUUCAACCGCUGACGGAGGAAGCCAUCGAGGAGAUGGAGAAGGACGGAGUGGAGAGAGCGGUGGCCUUCACACAGUAUCCUCAGUACAGCUGCUCCACCACAGGAAGCAGUCUGAACGCCAUCUACCGUUACUACAGCAACAGAGGAGACAGACCCAAGAUGCGCUGGAGUGUCAUUGAUCGUUGGCCCACACACCCACUGCUGGUGGAGUGUUUUGCAGAACACGUCAGUAACGAGCUGCUGAAGUUUCCAGAAGAGAAACGAGACGACGUCGUCAUUCUGUUCUCGGCUCACUCGCUCCCCAUGGCUGUCGUAAACAGAGGUGACCCGUAUCCUCAGGAAGUGGGAGCCACAGUUCAGAGAGUCAUGGAGAGACUGGGACACUGUAACCCCUACAGACUGGUGUGGCAGUCCAGAGUGGGGCCGAUGCAGUGGCUCGGCCCUCAGACGGACGACGUGAUUAAAGGUCUGUGUGAACGGGGAAAGAAGAACAUCCUGCUGGUUCCCAUCGCCUUCACGUCCGACCACAUCGAGACGCUACACGAGCUGGACAUAGAGUACGGACAGGUGCUGGGGGAGGAGUGUGGCGUGGAGAACAUCAGGAGAGCGGAGUCGUUGAACGGGAAUCCUAUUUUCAUGAAGGCGCUGGCCGACCUGGUCCAGUCUCACCUGAAGUCCAACGAGCCGUGUUCCCGUCAGCUGACCCUGCGCUGCCCGCUGUGCACUAACCCCACCUGUGGAGAGACCAAGGCCUUCUUCGCCAGCCAGAAACUCUCAUAGAAACACACACACACACACACACACACACACACACACACACACACACAGGCCUUCAACAAACAGAAGCUUCUCUCAAAGUUUCUCCCGCAGGAGUCAGGAUAAUGAACAAUGUGACGUGAAGAACAGAACAAAUAGUUUCUGCAAAUACAUCAAGACUUCUUUUUUUUUUUUUUGUACCGUGGAUGGGAGGAGUCUGAAUAUUUUUUAUUUCUCCCAGUGAAGAUCGACGUCUUGUAGUUUAAACACCGGACGCACUGAAAGCAUUAAGAAGUCCUGCUCUCGAACCGAGAGGUCCUUGAAUAAAGAAAUGUGUGAGUUUAACAGAAACUCUGAGGAUUUGCAGAAACUAUUAGACGAGCGUUUGCGUAGAAAGAAGAAGUGACGCUCUUCAGAAACUGUUCAUUUCACAUCCCAGCUUCAUACAAACAAGCGUUGCACUAGUUUUUUAUUUUUUUUUUCUGUUUACUUCGUUUCCUUUGCUUACAUUCCGUUCGCUCAGCCCCUGCAAACCUCUAUCAGAGACCCUGUUUUACUUGUCGCUGGUGCUAAAUCAAUAACAGUCUAUCACGACGACUCUGUCGCCGCCGCACAUGGGAUCUGGUUGGUUGGCUGUUCCUCUUCCUCGCCUUCUCGCACACGUCGCCGGCCCUCCCGCCACUAACCCCGCCCAUUCUGCUGAAAUCCCUUCAAUGUGAUUGGUGAAGGUGGGUGCUGCUCCAACGCUGCUGCCCGAUUGGUGAGUUCAAGAGCGAGAAAAGGCGGGAAUAGUGAUUCAAACGAAUUCGUCGAAGUCGCGACGCACAGAUUUAUUCACGUGAGCGUUUGCGUCCGUCACCGCGUUAAACCGCCAUCGAUGUUGGUGCUGAAUAGAGCUAACGACUAGAAAGAGGCGUGAUUUCCACUGCGAGUCAGAGGGUAGCUGUCGCUCAGGGGUCGGGACUCUCCGGCUGACGUGAAAUAACGUUGGGGUGUCUAAUGCUGCUCCGCUCGCUCGGGACGAGACUUUGAUGUGUGUAAAAUAUCAAAGUCAAAUCUUCCACUAUUCACAGGCAGUUACUUGACCUCUGACCCCCCCCCCCCAUUCCUGCUGUUUUCUUAAUCCAUGACAAUGUGCCUUUUACACCGGCUAAUUAGAAAUACAGGACUUUGUGCUUAAUGUACGUUUCAUAUGUGCAACACUGACUUUACAGUUUCCUGCUGUGAUCGGAGCCAAUGACGGCUCCUGAGUGAGGUUUAGAUCCACGCUGGAUUCACGACAGUUGUUCAGACAGAUCCUGACAUUUUCUUGAGAGUCUGUGAGAACGCACGUGUCCGAGUCUGUUGCUGCCGACACUUUCCCUUUUUUUUUUUUAAAUGUCAGCCCAUGUGACAGUGCAGUGUAGGGAGCGUUAGCCUGUUGAUGUUGACGGACGUGAAACUAGAAGAACACCAACAUCUCAAGAUGAAGACGUCCACGUGGAAAGACGAGGAGGUUCCAGAUGUUUUGGUGAUGAGGGCCGACGCCGGCGUGGACGAGCUGUAAACAACAACACUGAUCUUUACACGGCGCAAUUUAUACGACAUGUCCCGCCUCCUGCUGCUCUACAGGCCCCGCCCCUCGCCUGAAUGUCCCCCGCAUGUUGUUGUGAACGAGUCGAACCCGGACGAACUCCGGAAACAAUCUUCCAGAUAUUUUCUGGAUCUCAAACUCGUCACAGUGUGAAAAAAAACUCAAACAAUAGAAAUCUGAUCUUCACUCAAACUGAAAAUCAAAAAAGAGAAGAACGUGAGGCUCCGGCAGGAAACAUGUUAAAGUCAGUGAGGCUGGAUUUUCCUGCACAAAUGUGUUUUUCUAAUUUAUUUUGAAUUCUCACGUGUAUCUGCUGUUUUGAGAGUUUUGCUCUGAGUGUGUGUGGAGCUGAACGUUGUCGUGUGUGUACAGAAAACUAAGAAGCUUCAGCUUUGUUGCAGCUCCAGUAUAUUUUGGGUUGUUUGGAUUUAUUUAUUUCAGUUGUCUGUUCACUGUCUUUUUUUUUUGACAUGAUACUAACAGUGCGAUUACACCCAACCAAGAGUCUUCCUGCAAAAUGAAAUGGAAUAAAAAGAGAAAGUAA